AUGAGGACAGAUGAUUUUGUAACCCGGUUCCUGGCCCUCUCCAUCCAAAGGGGUCUUGGUAACGAACAUGCAGUAGAUCUGCUGGAACACAAUGUGGCCUUACACAUUGCAGAGCAGCUCUAUGUGCAGGAUAUGAGAAGGGACAAUCUUGUGGAUGCAGCAAAAGAAAUCCGCAAGAUUGGUAGGGCUCAGGAGCUCUACAAAAUGCAAUUUGGUGGUGGGUCCACCACCAAAAACAACUAUUCCCAGAGGCACACUGGGUCAUCAAACCAAAAUAACAAUCACUCUUACAUGUUCAAGCUGUUUGGGCUGAAACCAGGGCAGGGGGCCCCUAUGGAUAUCAGCGCGGUCCAGGGAGGACAGAUGCGCAGAUUCAAGGGGAACUGCUACAAUUGCGGCCAAGAGGGACACAUGUCCCGGGACUGUAGAAAUGGGGUGCAGGCUGCCCAAAACCAAAACAAAGGGCGCCAGGUGCACCAAUUUAAAAACAAACAAUCAGACAAUCAGCUCAAUACUUUGGCCAGUUGUUUGUAUGACAAAAUCCAGGCCUUCUUCUACGACCAGCAGGUAAAUGAAAUGAAGGCCCAGGGAAAGGAAUUUGGAGCUUAG